GGCUGACGGUAGUAGGUCUGCUGACACUUCGCUGAGUUUUGUUGUCAUUUUCUGCGGUAAUUCCGAGGCGAGGGUGGUGGCACUGAGCCCAGGCUGUCUGGAGGUCACAGGGGUCAGAUAGGCGCCGCGGGAGGUCAAAAGAGAAGACCAGCCCAGCCCAGCCAGCGUCCAGUCUGCCGCCGCCGCUGCCGCCGCCGCCCCUGCCUGCCACCCACCGACGGCUGCCUGGCUGUCUGUCCUCCCCGAGGCUCCCUGCAGGACUGGCCGUGGCGUGUGCUGGUGACAGUGGUGCAGGAAUGGAGGGUGUGAGGCCGGGCAGCGGCAUGGGUGGCCAGUGCCAGCAGCAGCAGCAGCAGCAGUCAGCCUCAGGUGUGGGGAGGCACAGGCGUGGUGGCAAGGAUCACCAGGAGACAGGCAGCUCUGGCCACACAGGACAGAGCAGGUUUGAGUGCCAGCAGUGUGACAAAACUUUUACCACCAAACAAGGCCUCACCACACACACCCUAGCACACAGUGGUGUUAGGAAUUAUGAGUGUGGUGACUGUGGGAAGAAAUUUACCCAUAAGUCUUCCCUCACCACACACAGCCUGACACACAGUGGUGUUAGGAAUUAUGAGUGUGGUGACUGUGGAAAGAAAUUUACCCAUAAGUCUUACCUCACCACACAUAGCCUGACACACAGUGGUGUUAGGAAUUAUGAGUGUGGUGACUGUGGAAAGAAAUUCAGCAGAAAGUCUCACCUCACCACACACAGCCUGACUCACAGUGGUGUUAGGAAUUAUGAGUGUGGUGACUGUGGAAAGAAAUUUACCCAAAAGUCUGACCUCAAGAGACACAUCCUGACACACAGUGGUGUUAGGAAUUAUGAGUGUGGUGACUGUGGGAAGAAAUUUACCCGUAAGUCUUAUCUCGCCGUACACAGUAUGACACACAGUGGUGUUAGGAAUUAUGAGUGUGGUGAGUGUUGUAAGAAAUUUACCCAAAAGGGUUCUCUCAAAAAACACAUUCUGAUACACAGUGGUGUUAGGAAUUAUGAGUGUGGUGAGUGUGGGAAGAAAUUUACCCAAAAGUGUUCUCUCACCCUACACAGCCUGACACACAGUGGUGUUAGGAAUUAUGAGUGUGGUGAAUGUGGGAAGAAAUUUGCCAGAAGUUCUCAGCUCACCACACACAGCCUGACACACGGUGGUGUUAAGAAUUAUGAGUGUGGUGACUGUCGGAGGAAAUUUACUGAUAAGUCUACCCUCACCAAGCACAGCUUGACACACAGUGGUGUUAGGAAUUAUGAGUGUGGUGAGUGUGGGAAGAAAUUUUACCGAAAAUCUGAUGUCACCACACAUAGCCUGAUACACAGUGGUGUUAGGAAUUACAAGUGUGGUGAGUGUGGAAAGAAAUUUACCCACAAGGCUUCCCUCACCUCACACAGCCUGACACACAGUGGUGUUAGGAAUUAUGAGUGUGGUGAGUUGUGGAAGAAAUUUACCUACAAGUCUGGUCUCACCGUACACAGCCUGACACACAGUGGUGUUAGGAAUUAUGAGUGUGGUGAGUGUGGGAAGAAAUUUACCACAAAGUUUGGUCUCACCACACACAGCCUGAUACACAGUGGUGUUAGGAAUUAUGAGUGUGAUGAGUGUGGCAAAAGGUUUCCUACCAGUUCUCGUCUUAAUCAACACACUUUCAGACACACUGGGUUAAGGGAGUUCAAGUGUGAUGACUGUGGCAAGUGUUUCAAGACAAAGGCUGAUAUUGCCAGACAUGUGAAGGUCCACUUUUGAGGUGGUGUGUUGUGUGGUGGCAGCUGUGUCUGUGUGUGCUGUAAGAGCAGCAGUUUUUUUUGUUGGCGGCGCAGGUGUGCCUUUCAAUAAAUGUGUGUGUGUAACA